UUCUCCUGAUGUUUUUCACUGCCAAAAUUCAACCUUCUCUUGCUACAUACAACCUUCCCACAUAAAACUUGUUUUUUCUAGACACUGUUUUUUUCUGCUUUUUCACGUAAUACAUUUUGUGGGUUUUCUCUCUGUUCACCUCUUUUAAAGAUAAAAAAAGAGUUUUAGAGUAAGAAGGAGAGAGAUUCAUGGCUGGAGGUGGUGGAGGAAAGCCGGAGGAGCCGCAGCCACACCCACCAAAGGAGCAGCUUCCGAAUGUUUAUUAUUGCAUGACUAGUCCCCCUCCAUGGCCUGAGGCUAUCCUGCUUGGUUUCCAACACUACCUUGUGAUGCUUGGGACAACUGUUCUUAUUCCCACUGCGCUUGUUCCCCAAAUGGGAGGUGGAAAUAAAGAGAAGGCCCAGGUGAUCCAGACACUACUCUUUGUUGCUGGUUUGAACACAUUGCUCCAGAGUUUGUUUGGGACUCGAUUGCCUGCUGUUAUUGGAGGGUCUUAUACCUUUGUCCCAACUACAAUUUCAAUUAUACUUGCGGGUCGAUUUAGUGAUAAUCUAGACCCUGUUGAGCGAUUUAAGAAGAUAAUGCGUGCAAUACAAGGUGCCCUCAUUGUUGCUUCAACUCUCCAGAUAGUUCUUGGCUUCAGUGGCCUAUGGCGUAAUGUCACCAGGUUCUUGAGUCCACUUUCAGCUGUUCCUUUGGUAGCUCUUGUUGGUUUUGGCCUGUACGAGCUUGGUUUUCCUGGGGUUGCCAAAUGUGUUGAGAUUGGGCUACCAGAGCUCAUCAUAUUAGUAUUUGUUUCGCAGUAUAUGCCCCAUGUGAUAAAGCAUGGGAAAAAUAUAUUUGAUCGUUUUGCUGUAAUAUUCUCGGUGGUGAUUGUAUGGAUUUAUGCUCACCUGCUUACUGUGGGUGGAGCCUAUAAUGAUGCAGCACCAAAGACACAAAAUACAUGCCGCACUGAUCGUGCAGGACUUAUAGAUGCUGCGCCAUGGAUAAGAGUUCCUUAUCCAUUUCAGUGGGGAGCACCUUCAUUUGAUGCUGGGGAAGCCUUUGCCAUGAUGAUGGCUUCCUUUGUUGCUCUUGUAGAGUCCACCGGUGCGUUUAUUGCGGUGUCGAGGUAUGCAAGUGCAACUCCAAUGCCGCCUUCUGUUCUUAGCCGUGGCAUUGGUUGGCAGGGAGUUGCCAUUUUGCUUUCUGGGCUGUUUGGAACUGUAAACGGAUCUUCAGUUUCUGUAGAGAAUGCUGGUCUUUUGGCCUUGACACGAGUUGGUAGCCGAAGGGUUGUCCAGAUAUCUGCUGGAUUCAUGCUUUUCUUCUCGGUUCUCGGUAAAUUUGGAGCUGUAUUUGCAUCUAUACCAGCCCCCAUUAUUGCAGCUCUCUAUUGCCUUUUCUUUGCUUACGUAGGUGUUGGAGGUCUUAGCUUUCUUCAGUUCUGCAACCUCAACAGCUUCCGGACAAAAUUCAUUUUAGGCUUCUCUUUUUUCUUGGGUUUGUCAGUGCCUCAAUACUUCAAUGAGUAUACCGCAAUUAAUGGCUAUGGUCCCGUCCACACUUCAGGGCGAUGGUUCAACGAUAUUGUAAAUGUUCCUUUCUCAUCAGAAGCAUUUGUUGCGGGGUGUGUGGCAUAUUUCCUUGACAACACACUGCAGCGAAAAGAUAGUUCAGUCAGGAAAGACAGAGGCAAGCAUUGGUGGGACAAAUUCCGGUCAUUCAAAGGCGAUACAAGAAGUGAAGAAUUCUAUUCCCUGCCUUUCAAUCUAAACAAAUAUUUCCCAUCCGUGUGAUUUAGUCAGCACUAAAUUACGAGCAAGUUCUUGUCAAAAAAAUGUGUUCUCAGUAGCACUGAGAGAUCACAUUGCAAUGUAAUGUUUAUCAUUUGUGAAUCUUAUUACACGCUACAUAGCAGUAUAAGAUAGUGUCUUCCUUUUAUAGGACUUGUUAACAAUUAUUGAAUUUGUUUUUGUUAUUGUAAAUCCAUCUGAGCCAUGAACUUUGAAUCAGCAAUGAAGUUUUAUUGCGUUCCAGUCCCUA